AUGAUUCUCCCUAAAAUUCUCAAAAUCUCGCUGCUUGCCCUCGUGGCAAUAUGCCUCAUCACCCCGGUCCUUGGCUCGCCAAACCAAAUAGAGAAACGCAUCUGGACGCCAACCCCUCCAACCAGAAUCCCACUCGGCCAACAACGCUGCGCCUCCCUCGCCUUUCUCUCAAAAGGUAAAUACAGAAACUGGGACCUCAACUACAUCCAAUACGACGUCUACGUGGGUCGAGAAUAUUCACGAGCCAAAUGCAUGGAACUCCAGAACAAUCUCAGAACGGGUGGGCUCAGUGCGCGCUACGACAGGACAUUGGGCGAAUUGGUCCAGAAUUUGUUUUUUCGGUGUUCUCCUACUUUGGCGGGUGUGGAGAAUCAUUUACAUGCUGUCUUUAUGCUGAGGCCUGGACAGGAGGUUACUUUGAAUAAAGUUCUCGCCAAGACUUUCCCGGUUGUGAAUAAGAAGAUGUGUUUUACGUGUCUUGGGAAUACUACCGGUGGAUAA